AUGAUGACCACUGAGACGGAAGAUGGCAGUGGUGUCGAUCUGCUUCCGGUUGACAUCGCUGCUCUCAUGGAGGGCUUGGACCGACAAGCCCGCGCGCGCCUCCAGAACCGAGCCAAUCAAGCUCGGUUUCGCGCCCGCCGCCGCGCUGAACGCAUUGCGCUGCGCACGCAGAAAGACGCCCUUCAGCCGCUAUCAUGGCACGAGGUGGCCGAUGCAUUGGCAACAUCUGCGACGGACGCGUCCGACGAGAACGGUCGCCUCAAGGAGCACCGCGCUGCCAACCUCGUGCUUGUACAAGCCAUGGCCAAAUGGAUCGCGACGCUGCUUCCGAGGACGCCUCGGCGGACUGCGGCAUACACAAGUGUCUUGGGCGACGGCGCGGCGCGGCAAGCCAGCUUUGACUGGCUCACAAAGCGCCUGUACAUCGACACGGACCGCGCGCUGUCGACCCCGCCCUUUCCAGUCGCGAGUGGCUUUUUGAACGCAUUUUCAAUCUACGACGAGAACGACGAAGACGCUAUCGAUAGUGAUGACGCAGGGUGCGUCCAUGCGUGCUGGAGCUUCCAGCGAUGCUAUGACCGGCCACUGCACGACGUUGCGACGAAGCUUCCAUUUCCGCUCGUGGCCGUGUGCCCGCAACGGCAGUCCGUCUGCUUUCUCGACCAAGAGCUUUUGGAUUCCAUUGCGCCAGGCCACAUGUGCUACCGCCGCGCGGUGCUCAACGACGGCGAAGCCAUCAACCUCGUCGGCCGCAUCUUCCACGAAGCAACGCGCGUCGUGUUUGUCUUGAGCAACGUCAUUGACGACCCGACGCUUUUCCGCGACGAGUACUACCGCCACCGCCUCUUUUGGUACGUGGCCGAGGCGAUAGCGCCUCAGAAGACGCGCGUUCGCGCUCGGUGGUUCAACUCGCAGUACUUUACAAAAGACCGGCGUCCCGUGGGGUUUGCCAACGAAAUGGCAGAAGCGAUCGACCCGAGCGCAAUCGCAGCCAACCAAGGUCAUCGUCCGGCGACGAGAGCGCAGUACAAGGCGUGGCUGGCGUCGACGCAUGCCAUGCCAGAUGCGUACUGGCGCAAUCUAUCGCAGCUCGAGGCGCCGCGGCUCGAUGUACAGCAGUUUGUCGACUGGCGCCAAGGCUAG